AUGACACCCUACCUCGGCCUGCGGGCUCGUCUGUCCCAGGUUUGGAUGAAUCGAUGGACAAUCUUAUUGUUGUUGGUCCUGGCACGAGUCCUAAUAGCCGCUGCGGGCGUGCGGUCAGACAUGGACGGUGCCAAACGUGAAGCCCUAUCGGCUUGUACCUCUGUUGAGUCGAUGGGCAGCUCCAUGGCUUCUAUGCCCCAUUACCUUUCGCGGGGAGUCAAUGAGAUGACGGCCUCUUCGGUCGAGGCAGCCGUUAGCGGGCUAAAGACAAUGCUCAUGCUCACCUUCACAGGAGUAGAGGAGCUCGUCAUCUUCUUUAUAAAUGUCAUGUAUCAAACCUAUCUUUGCCUGUUCACGAUGGUCGUCCGGGGCAGCGCCCACGUUGCCCUUAGCAUGGUACAGGACGUUACCGACUUCUUGAACUCUACCCUCACGUCGAUUGGAGACGACAUCGAGAAGGCAGGCCAAAAGUUCCAGAGCGCUGUCGAUAAGUUCUCGGAGGGCGUCAACUCCGUCACGAGUGCAUUGGGAGGAGGAAAUGCCAUCCCCAAAAUUGACUUCGGCGACGAUAUCGAUAAACUCUCCAAUCUCAAGCUCCCAGGGUCCAUAAAUUCUACCAUCGACAAAAUCAACGGCUCGAUCCCCACCUUUGACGAAGUCAGCAAAUUCGUCGAGGAUAUGAUACGUUUACCCUUCGAGGAAGUCAAGCAUCUCAUCAAUGGAUCCCUGAGCAACUACACUUUCGAUCGCUCCGCCCUCCCCGUGCCUGCGAAGGAAAAGAUGAGCUUCUGCAACGACAACAACGGCAUCAACUCGUUCUUUGACAACAUCGCCAAUCUUGUCGACACGGCCCGCAAGAUCUUCAUUGCAGUGCUCGUGCUCGCCGCUACGUUGGUCUGUCUCCCAGUCGCCUGGUACGAAAUCCGUCGCUGGCGAUCCAUGAAAGAACGCUCCGAGCUCGUGCGCAAGGACGCCCACGACCCGAUGGACGUCGUUUACAUCGUCUCCAGCCCUCACAGCUCUGCCGCAGGAAUCAAAGCUGCCAGUCGGUUCAGUAACAGCCGGCGACAAACCCUCGUGCGUUGGGUCGUGGCCUACGCUACUUCCACGCCCGCCCUCUUCGUUCUCUGUCUAGCCAUCGCCGGUCUCUUCUCCUGUCUCUGUCAAUUCAUACUACUGCGUGCUGUUCAGAAGACUGUGCCGGAGCUUACCACCGAAGUUGGUCAAUUUGCUGAGAAGGUCGUCACCAAGCUUGAGAACACCUCCGCCACCUGGGCUAAAGAUGCUAACGGUGUCAUCGGCGACAUGAACCACGACCUCAACACCAACAUUUUUGGCUGGGUAAACACCAGCACUACCGCCGUCAACGACACUCUAGACGCCUUUGUUGAGAAGACUAUGGGCGUCCUGAACGAGACUUUUGGCGACACCAUUCUCAUCGGCCCCCUGCAGGACGUCUUCCACUGCUUAAUCGGCUUGAAAGUCGAAUCCGUACAAAAGGCCCUCACCUGGGUCCACGACCAUGCACACCUCAGCUUCCCGCUUCUUUCCGGAGACAUCUUCUCGCGCGGUGCCCAGGAUAGUAUUUCUGACGGCAACGACGGCGAUGCCAGCUUCCUCGCCGACGCAGGGGACUCGACCUCGAACAAGAUCACCGAGGUGAUCAUCCGCGUUAUCAAGAAGAUUGAGGAAGGUAUCCGCACAGAAGCCAUCAUAGCCUCGUGUAUCCUACUCGUCUAUUUCCUCAACGUUCUCUUCGGCCUCAUCCGCGCCUUGACCCUGUUUUGGAAACGAGAGCGCAGUCGCGGCGAUGGCGGUGGCGCGCCGGCAUCCCAUUCUUCUCCUGACCAGAACGGAUUCAUCGAUGUGCCGCUGACGGCGAUGCCGAAUGUUCAAGCUCACAACAUCGACCCCUAUGCUGCGUCGAGGGCCCAACCGGCACCGAAAUACGAACCUUCUCCCUCCGCUGCUGCGAGCGGAAGUAGCAACGAGCUGAGUCAGUACGAGGAUGAGAAAUUGGGUUUUGCAGGCCAGAGGAAUUAUGGGUCUGCGCUGAAGGUGGACGAAAGGGUUGAGCUGCGAGGAAGUAGUUAUGUUGAAUAUGGUAUGGAGAAACGGGCUGUUUGA